AGGAUAGUAAUGAACCGAAGUAAAGAGAACAUUGCUCCGACAAUGAAAGAUGAUAGUCCAUUUGGAAAGCUUACAGAGGAUCUCUUGAUAGAGAUAUUUAUCAGAGUUCCAAUAACAAAUUGGGAACAAAUAUCUUGUGUAAGAAAACAGUGGUCGAAUUUAUUCCGGGGAGAAUGCUUAUGGCUGGCUGCUCUUAAUCGGGCGUAUCCUCUUGCUAGCAAUACUAAGAGCUGGAUUGGACCAAUCCGUCAAGGAUUAAGCAAACGGAGAUAUGUGGCUUUAUACAUCAGCAGAAACAUAUUAGGUGUGGAUACAGACAUAGAUGAGAUGCUUGGACAUAUUUACUUGUUCUUGAAAGAUCAACUUCAACUUUCCACUAUGCCUGCUUCAGGCGUUUUGCACGGAACCCUCAUCGACCAAUUGAUUGUUUGUGGCAAAUCGAAAGAAGAAGCUGGGGAGCUUGCGACAACGAUUUGGCUGACUCUUCUCGACAAUUUAGAGGACACGAAACAUACAUUUACCGUGCUGAAAUCAAUCGCACAAGAAUAUGAUGGCUUUCUUCCAUAUCCAUAUUCAAGACCAAUCAAAGUCCAGUGGAAAGUGUUUGAGAAACUGUUUGUGGAUUUCCUUCUGUUAUCCACUUUAUUCUUCUUCUUCUUGGAAAUGGCUCUCAUGAAAGUAAUGACGAUUCUGGUUCUCUUCGUCUCGGUGUCAUCGACCUUGGCGCAAUCCAACAAUGGCGGUCACAUUUCGAUACUCGUCUCGGAAACGGGUCUUGAAUUCGCUAAAGAUUACCUCAUCAAGAAAGUGAUCACUACGACGCUUCCGCUUCAGCUACCAGACAUUGAGAAUAAGGUUAAGAUCCCUUUAAUCGGGAAAGUUCGAAUGGGUCUAUCAAAUAUUCAGAUUGAAGCAGUUCAUGUCCAGUCUUCGAAGAUCGAGACGGGAAAAGAUGGAAUUGUUUUGAGUGUUUCAGGUGCUACAGCAAAUUUGAGCAUGGACUGGUCUUAUACUUACAGAGCUUCCUUCUUUGAGAUUUCUGAUCAUGGAGAUGCUUCUGUCGAGGUUAAAGGAAUGGAUUUGAAAAUCACUGCCGCUUUGGUUAAUGAUAAUGGAAGUCUAAAGAUUGUAUCACGAGAAAAUGAUUGUACAGUGGAAAAUAUUGAUAUUCAUAUCAAUGGUGGUGCUUCUUGGCUAUAUCAAGGGGUGGUUGAUGCAUUUCAAAAGAUGAUUAUAUCUACUGUUGAAAAAACUGUCUCUAUUAAAAUUGUAGAAAAGAUGAAGAAGCUUGAUUCGUUCUUGCAAUCACUUCCAAAACAGAGAAAGAUUGAUGACUCUGCUGCAGUGAAUCUCACUUUUACAGGCAACCCUGUCUUAGGGAAUUCGUCGGUUGAAGUUGACAUUAAUGGUUUAUUCUUGCCAAAGGGUGAUGAUAUUAAAGUUUCAGGAUCUCGUUCUUCUUCCUUCUUUGGUGGGGUUAAAAGAAUGGUGACAAUUUCAGUAGAAGAAGAAGUUUUCAACUCUGCAACACUUGUCUACUUCAAUGCUAAGGUGAUGCGUUUAGUAAUCGGGGAAACAAAGAACGGAUCGAUUCUAAGCACAUCUGACUGGAAACUCAUCCUUCCAGAGCUGUACAAACAUUAUCCAGAUAAUAAAAUGGUGUUUAACAUGUCAGUAACAUCUCCUCCUGCUGUUAAAAUCACAGAGAAUGGAAUUGAUGCGACGAUUCAGCUAGAGAUAGCAAUCGAUGUUCAAGACUCCGGAGAAGUCCUAUCCGUAGCACGCAUUUCAUCAGUUUUGAAUGUUGCAUGUUCUGAAGAAAUAACAAAGAACAAUCUAACCGGUAGCCUCAGAUUAAAAGAUUUCAAUGCAACAAUGAAGAUGAGUAAAAUUGGAGAGUUUCAAUCAAACUAUGUUCAGGCUGCUACGUCUAGGAUUCUUGAAGCCCUGUUUUUGCCGUACGUAAACACACGCCUCAAGAGAGGAUUCCCUUUGCCGAUUCCGGGCGAUUUCACGAUAAAUAACAUAAAGAUUGUCUAUGUUAGAAGUGGCAUUUCGGUGUGUACCGAUAUCGGCACUGGCACAAACCAUUAAGCUAUUAUAUAGCUUCUUGCAUUGCAUGUACGUAAGUUGGAAGAAAAAUAAUGACAACCAUAUUAA